AUGGGGCAACAGGAAUUUCAAGCCAUUGUGCUGGCCGCGGGAAAAGGUACACGGCUGCCGGAAAUAUUGGAAGGUCGUCCGAAAUGUCUGCUACCGAUUGGUCCAUAUCCCAUGAUUUGGUAUCCUUUGCAGCUGCUUCAACGGCACGGUUUCAACGAGGUUUUGGUGAUAGUGCAGGAGUCGGAAAAGUCGGAAAUACAGCAGCGUUUGGAACGGUUGCAGUUGAAGCUGAAGCUGGAAUACUACUCCAUACCGACCGACUCCGAAUGCGGUACCGCUGAUUCACUGCGACUCGUUUCGGAUAAGAUAAAAUCGGAUGUUGUGGUGCUGUCAUGCGAUUCCGUAAUACAGGUGAAUCUAUAUCCACUGCUAUCCAAGUUUCGGGAAAAAGACGCAUCCAUCCAAAUGCUACUGAUGGAAGGCGGUAAGGAUCAGGACGUCGUAAUGCCAGGUCCAAAAUCAAAAUACAAAGCAGAGAAAGAUAUAAUUGGGUAUGACAAAGCGACGAACAAGGUUCUUUUCAUGGCUUCGGCCAGCGAUUUUGAAGAAACCGUUAAACUCUCCGGACAUCUGUUGCGAGAAAAUCCGGAGCUGAACAUUUCGUCCUAUUUGCUUGACGCCCAUGUUUACAUCAUGAAGCGAUGGGUGGUGGAGUAUCUUGCUGUGACCGAGGCGUUAUCUGCGGUGAAAGGUGAACUACUGCCACACAUAAUUAAGAAGCAAAUGCUGCAGCCUCCAAUCGUCCCGGAAAACGAUGGAACAUCGGAAUACAGCACCAAACCGAAAGUGGACGAUAUUUUUCAGUUUGCGAUCUACACGGAAAUGGACAAAAAGAUCGAUAAAGCUUCAAUCUUCAACAAGGAAGAGAAGGCAACUUCCCAUCCUAUUCGCUGCUAUGCGUACUUUGCCGAUACGAACGCUUAUGGAGUACGAGUGAACAAUGUCCGUUCGUUUCUGUCUUGCAAUUUGAAGAUUUUUGAGAUCUUUCCGGCAUUGACGGGAUUUGCAGAACGAGAACUGGUGUCACAGACGAGUUCCAUCAAAUCUACUCAGAUAUCAAAAUGUGCCGUUGGUGACAUGACGACCAUUAGUGAAAAAACGUCACUCAAUCAGAAUGUGAUUGCGAACGGUUGCACGAUUCAACCGAAGACACGUAUUAACAAUAGCGUACUUAUGGAUGGCGUAACAAUAGAAGAGAAUGUUGUAAUUGAUAACUGCAUAAUUGGAGAAAAAGCGGUAGUUAAGAGUGGGUCGACUUUAAAGAAUUGUCUCAUCGGGCCACACUUUGUUGUAGCGGCUAGUACGAAGAAGGAGAGUGUCUAUCUCUCGAAUGCGGACGGCUUCAUGACGAUCGAUUAA